UAUUCUGAUCAUUCCAUUUAUUUCCUUUUACGUUCAUUAUUGAUAUUACGAGAGGGAUAGCGAAGAAGAUGAAGCUUUGUUCUGUUUCUUUCAUCUCCAGCUUAAUAGCUCUUCAGCUUCUACCUCUAUUCACCAUAGUUAAUGGUCAGCAAGCUACGGAUUCGUGCAAUUCAACUCUACCUCUCAAGGACCUCGCCUUCGACUCGAGCCACCUUCAAUGCGUGGAAGUUUGGAGAGUCCAGAAUUACAUCCUCCGAUAUGCUAGAACGGUGGAAAACACAUGGAGUUUCAUCUUAUCGGCGCCUGAUUCCAGUGCCUACAUCGGGAUCGGAUUCUCGACCACCGGUAAGAUGGUCGGAAGCAGCGCAGUGGUCGGGUGGAUUACUUCCGACAGCAGGAGCGGAAGCGCGAAACAGUACUUGCUCGGAGGGACAUCACCUGGUGAAGUGAUACCUGACCAAGGAGAUCUCAAGAUCAUCAACGGCUCGUUAAAGAUUGAGUCAGUGUCGUCGCGUCUUUACCUGAGUUUCCAAUUGACGGCGGAGCUGCCGCGGGAGAGGCUUCUUUACGCUAGGGGACCUGCCGAAUUCUUCCCAUCUUCGCCGGACUUUAGGUUGAGAGAACACCAGUUCAUGACCACCACGACCAUUAAUUAUAAUACAGGACCUGCUGCAUUUGGACCAACCAUGUCUCCAGGUCCAGGGUCGUCCCCGCCUUCUCCUUCAUCUGCCUACGGCCUCUCACCCUCUCUUCUCUUCUUUUUCAUGGGCCUCGUAGCUCUCAAAUUUUAGUAAUUUCCUUGUUUCAUAUUUUCUUUCUGUUUUCAUCCCCAUGUUAUCUAAUUCAUGCAUUGUUGAUUUAUAAUUAUGAGAGAAAUAAAACACAUGUAUUUGUGGCCU